CGAGCCUUUGUUGUGACGCACUCGCUGAGCUCACAUGGCACGUCAACACUGAACGCUCCCUUGUACUCUAUAUUUAUCUACAUUUAUUUUCACCUCGUUCGUCAGUUUGAUCAUGUCAGCAUCCGUGAUCCGAAGAGGACUUGAAUUAUUUAGCGAGAAAGAUGGAGUGAAGCGUACGCAGGAGAAGAGCGGCUCUCGUAAGUCCGCGCUGAUGGAGCAGAUCAGCAGCGAGAAACAGGGCGUUCAGAGGCGGAUCCGGCGGCUGCAGCGACCCGGAGGAUCAGCGCGGAGCACAAACACGGUCAAAGACAAGCACAUCCGGUCUGCUCUGGACGAAUACAGAAAGAAGCAGAAGAAGAGUCAGCUGAAGUCAAAUGUGGAGUAUUUCCUGGCCGCUGAUCAUAAAACACAGAGCAGAGACACGGGAAAGAUCGUCCAGCAGCACUCGGGGCGGCGCGCCUGUCAUCGGCCCGAUCCGCCCGCCUCCAAACCAGAGGAGGAAUCCGUCUUCACUGAGAAGGACUUCCAGAAGUUCCAGAAGGAGUAGU